CGUCCAUGCGAGAAGGUUGUUGUACGCCGGCACCGUUGCCACUUAGCGGCGGGAAGAGGGGAAUUCCCGCGCUCACUCCAUGUUACCGGUGAGACGCUAUUAUAAAAGCAACGUUUUUUUCCGCGCCCAGUUGGCAAGACCUCCACUCGCUGUCUUCGAGCUCCCUCCUGUUACAUUUGUGUCUGCGCUUGCCUUUCGGUUCCGAACAUGCGUCGCAUUUUGGCCUUCGUCUUACUCGUGUCCGUCCUGGCAGUGGCCCUCACAGCUCCUACCCCCGCCGAAGAACCGAAAGAAGAGGACGUUGAAGGCAGGACCGGACGUGGCCGUUUGCACCACCAUCGUCGUGGAAAGAAAGGCGGCUUUGGUGGACCCGGCAUCGGUGGUCCCGGAGGCUUUGGUCCCGGAGGCUAUGGCCCCGGUUUUGGGGGUGGCUUUGGCCCGGGCCUGGGAGGUGGCCAGUACGGCAGCGCCUUCAACCAAGGAGGAAGCUUUCAGACGGGCGCUGAGGGCAACCGGUAUGGCCAGGGUGGGUUCAACUACAAUGUUGGUGGCUCGAAGAGACGGGAUUACGGCAACGUGCAGACCUACGGCGACCGCGAGUCAUUCGGCUUGAGCGAAAACGCGGGCGCUAACCAGGCCACGGGGCAGUCAAGCUUUGGCAACGAGUACAAGAACCAGGAGCAAGGAUCCGGAGGCCAGCAGUACAGCUCGGGAUUCUCCGGCUAAAGCCGAAAUGUUUAGACGUGCUGGAUGUACGGAGGCCAUUGGUAACCAUGUCGUCCCCCCAGUCACCCGGAAGAUCCCGCAUGAGAUUAUUUCACCGUAUCAAAUGAAAGAAUGAAUGUGAGCUGAUGGAAGAGUGCAAAGGAAGAACAAGAUAUCCUGAGAGGAGUUGAAAGGCCAGCCCUGUGUGCUUUCAUGAAAUACGAACGACUGUUGCCAAGUCCAUAGUAUUGCAAGGCAUACAUACAUACAUACAUACAUACAUACAUACAUACAUACAUACAUACAUACAUACAUACAUACAUACAUACAUACAUACAUACAUACAUACAUACAUACAUGCAUACAUACAUACAUACAUACAUACAUACAUACAUACAUACAUACACUCGCGCUGCUAUUGCUGCUGCAGCUAUUGUAAUAAA